UUCUCACUUCCAAGCUCAGCAGCUUCUUUCCCUCCCGCUUAAGCCCUAGAUAAACCCUUCACCCUUUCGGUUUCUUCUUUGCAUCUGGUGAUGGAAUUGGCGGCCGUGGCAGCGACCCUCCGGAGGAGGGCCAACCCUCGUAUCCUAAUGGCGUCACUACUUUCCUUCCACUGUCGGCAGCGCUGUCGUCGCCUCGGCGUACGUUUCCUCUGCAGCGACGGCCACGCUUUCGUCUCCCAGCCGCCUCGUCCUCCUCCUUCCGAGCGGGCGGCAGAAUCUUUCCACACUCGGAAGGUUCUCGGGACCUUUAGGGAAGAUUUCGAGGUCGGGUCCCGGAUCAUCUCCAUCGAAACAGGCAAGAUUGCCAGGUUCGCUAACGGAUCCGUUGUGAUCAAUAUGGGCGAUACCAAUGUCCUUUCGACCGUCGCCUCCGCUAGAGGUGAUGGGGCUCGUGACUUUUUGCCCCUCACGGUUGAUUAUCAAGAAAAACAGUAUGCUCAAGGUGUUAUUCCUACAACAUUUAUGCGGAGGGAGGGAGCCCCUAAGGAACGGGAACUCCUAUGUGGCCGUCUUAUUGACCGUCCUAUCCGUCCAUUAUUUCCUUCUGGCUUUUACCAUGAAGUGCAGGUCAUGGUAAGUGUUCUUUCUUCGGAUGGAAAGCAAGAUCCAGACGUGAUGGCAGCAAAUGCCACAUCCGCUGCUCUGAUGCUAUCAGAUAUCCCUUGGAAUGGCCCAAUUGGGGUAAUACGUGUCGGGAGGAUCGAUGGAAAAUUUAUCUUUAAUCCAACUAUGGAUGAGCUGAGCCUCAGUGAUCUCAAUUUGGUGUAUGCAUGUACAAUGGAUAGGACUCUGAUGAUAGAUGUACAGGCACGUGAGAUAUCAGAAAAGGACCUUGAAGCUGGAUUAAAACUGGCACAUCUUGAGGCUGUCAAAUACAUUGAGCCUCAAAUUAGACUGGCUGAAAAAGCUGGCAAGAAGAAGAAAGAAUAUAAACUCUCAAUGAUUUCAGAUGUUACACUAGAGAAGAUAAGGAACUUAGCAGAAGCACCUAUUCAGGUUGUCUUUACAGAUUCAGCAUAUGGAAAGUUUGAACGCGGAGAAGCAUUGGACAAGAUUACACAAACUGUUAAAGCAAAACUCGAAGAAGAGUGUGAUGAGGAGAGCUUAAAAGUUCUGCCAAAAACUAUUGAUACAGUUAGAAAACAGAUUAUCCGGCGAAGGAUUAUUGAUGAAGGCCUUCGAGUUGAUGGUAGAAAACUUGAUGAAGUUAGACCUCUGUAUUGUGAAUCUGGAACAUAUCCCAUUCUCCAUGGAUCUUCACUUUUCUCUCGUGGUGACACUCAGGUUUUGUGCACAGUUACCCUUGGGGCACCUGGAGAUGCUCAAAGAUUGGACUCGAUAGUUGGGCCACCAACAAAGCGUUUCAUGCUUCAUUAUAGCUUUCCUCCAUUCUCAAUUAAUGAAGUCGGCAAACGUGGAGGCUUAAAUAGGCGUGAAGUUGGACAUGGAACACUUGCUGAAAAGGCUUUGCUUGCUGUAUUACCUCCUGAGGCUGAUUUUCCAUAUACUGUUCGUGUCAAUUCCGAAGUCAUGGCAUCUGAUGGUUCAACGUCAAUGGCAACAGUAUGUGGAGGAAGUAUGGCUUUAAUGGAUGCUGGUAUCCCUGUAAGAGUACAUGUCGCUGGUGUUUCAGUUGGUCUUGUCAGUGAUGUGGAUCCAUCCACUGGAAGAAUUAUCAAUUAUCGUAUACUGACAGAUAUACUGGGUCUUGAAGAUCACCUUGGGGACAUGGACUUUAAAAUUGCGGGAACAAGGAAAGGGAUUACUGCAAUCCAAUUAGAUAUAAAACCUGCUGGAAUACCCCUAGACAUAAUUUGUGAGUGUUUAGAACCGGCACAAAAAGGUCGUAAUCAAAUUCUUGAUCGCAUGGAAGAAGAAAUAAGUGCACCUCGUACACUGGGUGAUGGAAGUACACCUCGAUUAGCCACUUUGAAGUUUGCUGCUGAUUCUCUUCGACGAUCUCUUGGGUUUUUGAUCACUCAAAGAAAGAGGAUUGAACAGGAAACAGGUGCACGAGUUUCGGUAAAUGAUGGGGCAGUAACUAUCGUGGCAAAAAAUCAAUCUAUCAUGCAAAAAGCUCAAGAAAAGAUCAGUUUUCUUAUUGGAGGUGAAAUUGAAGUUGGUGGCAUAUACAAAGGUGUUGUUUCUUCAAUUAAGGAGUAUGGUGCUUUUGUUGAAUUCAAUGGCGGCCAACAGGGUCUUCUGCACAUUUCUGAGUUGUCACAUGAAAUUGUAUCAAGAGUUUCUGAUAUCUUAUCCAUUGGUCAAGAGUUAUCUUUAAUGUGCAUCGGGCAGGAUGUCAGGGGUAAUAUUAAAUUGUCCUUGAAGGCUACAAUUCCUAAGCAAGAUUCCCUAAAUGACAAUUUGGAUGGUCAAGCUUCUGUUGUUCCUGCAAACCAAGCAGUCAAUGUUUGGGCCUCGCCCUCACUGGAGAACACGACCCGCAUGGAAAAUCUUAGGUCAUUGAAUGAUGUACAAGAUGAAAGUAAUGAAUUGCAGUCUGCCACAUGCUCGUCUCCAGCAGUAGUAAUUCGGAGUGCUGCAGAGUGUGAUGCUCAGGAUCUUGCUGCUGGUAAACAUAUCACAACAAAGCGUAGAAAGCUUAGCAGAUCUUCUCCUAGGCCUUAUAAUGCAUCUUUACCAUGUCAAGAUGUUGGAGAGUCACCAAAAAACAGAGAUGAUGCGAGUUUGAAGAAGAGGAGACAAACGAAGAAAGAGAAAGAAAUGGAUGCUUUUUCUGGUACAAAGCAGAAAAGUGACAGAGAUGAUGCAUCUUUACCAUGUCAAGAUGUUGGAGAGUCACCAAAAAACAGAGAUGAUGCGAGUUUGAAGAAGAGGAGAAAAACGAAGAAAGAGAAAGAAAUGGAUGCUUUUUCUGGUACAAAGCAGAAAAGUGACAGCACACUCAAAACUGUGUCGCUUGCAUAUGAUGUUGAUGAGAAGCCAAAACCCACUAUCCGUGCAGAUUCACUGAAGCUUGGUGAUACAGUGACGGCAAAGGUAUAUCAGAUUCGUGCCCAUGGGCUGGUACUUGAACUGAAUGGUGGAAUUCGGGGAAUGUUCAAGUUUGAGGUAAAUGGCAGAAGGGACUUCGAGGUAGGCAAGGAGCUCGUUGUGAGGUGCUCAAGCUUUUCUAGCAAGGGAAUUCCUGUUUUCUCAUUGUUGAAAGAUGAGUAAAAAUUGUGAUUGAAGCCUCAAUCUUAUGGAGGACUCGGUAAGUCUGGCGGAGCUGUAUGAGACACCGGCUGAAGAUCCACCAUCAUAAGAGAGCAGCUCAGAAAUUUCAUUGGAGGGACACAUCAAACCUGAAGACUUUUACGUGUUUUACCGUUUGUUGCAGAUCAUUAUAUUAGUUAGUGUCAGAUUAUUAUUAUUUUUUAGGUUGAAACUACUGCUUGGAAGAAGCAAAUGGUUGGGGACUUUGAGAUUGGCUUUAGCCACAUUUUUGUAUGGAUUGGUGAUGCGGUGUAUGCAGA